CUGUAAUUCUGGUAAGGAAAUGGAAAAGAAGCGAUUACUAUUUAAUUUAGUACCUCUUAAUGGUCUGAUUGGUCCAAGCCACAGCUGGGUUUGUGUUCGAAGAUCUUCCAAGCGUCAAGGAGCUUAUUCGAGAAUAUGGAUAUGAUCAAGACCUUACACUUGAGGAACUCAAAGAAUUCUCUGAGAAAAAGAAGAGUUUGAAGCUUACCAAUAAAGUUGAAGAAUAUGCAGAGGAUAUCCCCAAUUCAAGGCCGAUAAUAGCCAUUUUGACACAGCCCAGAACUAAAUCACCACCAUAUAAUUCCUACAUAAUGGCUGCAUAUGCUAAAUUCGUUUUCCAAGCUGGAGGAAGAGUCAUUCCUCUCCAUUGGGAUAAUUCUUUUGAGAAUAUCACAGCUACCUUAAAAAGGGUGAAUGGAGUGAUUAUAGCUGGAGGAGGUCAAGUGAUCCAAGACCCUAUUUCCUUGAUUUUCUCAGAUUAUACCAACAGAGUAAAGUUCGUUCUUGAUCAAGCCAAAGAAAUCAACGAUGAAGGGAGUUACUUCCCAGUAUGGGCUAUCUGCCAAGGAUUCCAACAACUCAGCAUAAUUGAGGGUCCUGAGUAUGGAAGACUCUCACAUGCUACUGCUAAAAAUAUCCCAAGAAAGCUAGAAUUUGUUAGAGAUGAAAAUGGUGAAAUCAUCAGAGGAAGGAUUUACAAGGAAAUGAGUGAUGACUUAAUCAAAGCUCUUGAGACAAAAGAAAUCGCUUUCCAUAACAAUGAUUUUAGACUCGAUCCAUUCGCUUAUAAAUAUGAUGUUGGGUUAAAAAAGUAUAAUGUCUUGGCCUAUUCUAGAGACAGAGAUGGACGCCCGAUGGUGACAAGUAUUGAGCAUAAAGACUACCCGAUCUACUCCAACCAAUGGCAUCCUGAAAAGAACUCAUUUGUCUGGAAAGAGACUAUUCUAGCCUCUCAUUCCAAGCUAGCCUUACAGCUAACUCAGUACAUGUCAGACUUCUUCGUAACAGAAUGUAGGAAGAACACUCACAAGUAUGGAACCCCUGAAGAAGAGAGGAGAGCCAUUAUCGAGAAUCAUCCAGUGGAAGUGACCGAUGGAUCACUUGCUGACAUUUACCUGUUCUACUAACUCUCAAUCUCAUGA